AUGGCGGCCGAGAAUUCUUCGAACGCCAUCGACGUCGACACGAGUCUCGAUUCCGAUUCAAACCCUAACGGUAAUGAAGUGACCAAUGACGAGUCUUCCAAGUCAUUGACAAUCCCUUCUCCCGCCGUUUGUCUCGUCCGUUUCGUCGGAGAUGCCGCUAGUGGCGCCGUCAUGGGCUCUAUAUUCGGCUAUGGUUCUGGAUUGUUUAAGAAGAAAGGCUUCAAAGGAUCAUUUGUCGAUGCGGGUCAGUCUGCUAAGACUUUCGCAGUUUUAUCCGGAGUACACAGUUUGGUUGUUUGUCUUUUGAAGCAAAUACGAGGGAAAGAUGACGCCAUUAACGUUGGAGUUGCUGGGUGCUGCACUGGCCUUGCUCUUAGUUUCCCUGGUGCACCACAAGCAAUGCUACAAAGCUGUCUCACUUUUGGUGCCUUCUCUUUCAUCCUUGAAGGACUCAACAAAAGGCAAACGGCUUUGGCUCACUCCGUCUCCUUGAGACACCAAACAAGAAGUCUCCAAGAUGAUUUACCACUCUCUUUGGCUCUCCCAAUCCCACAUGAAAUCAAAGGAGCUUUCUCUUCUUUCUGCAACUCCUUAACAAAACCCAAGAAGCUCGCAUUUCCCCGUUCACGUUAA